GGAAAGGUUAACUUGUUUCAAUCAAACUCCUAGGCAAUUCAACUAUAUGUGUGUGUGUGUACAUAUUUAGAGUCUAAACGGAUCAGCGUUUGCCGUUUAGGGUCUAAAUGUUUCGAUCCCCGGUUGUUCUCUGAGCCCCACAUUUCUUUAACUGAUCUUAUCCAAUCUAAUCCGCUUCUUCUUCUUUAAUCUUCAUUCUUCAAUUUCCCUCAAACAAUUCAAUAACAACUUGAAAACGGAAAAAGUUAGAAAACGGAAAGAGAGGCCCCUUUGGUCGUAUCAGUGACCAAAGGAAGGCCAAAAUCAAUCUCUUUCCAGAAAUAAAGUUUUAACUUUUUUAUAAAAUGAUCCAACCCCAUCCGUAAAUAUGACGCUUUCAAGGUAUUUAUUUCAUUCCUGAAAGAAAAACCCUUUACCCUUUGUUCUUCAUACAUUUCUGCGAAGAAUCCCAAGCGAAACAGUUGAAAAGAAAAGGGUUCGGAGGAAAGCUAUUAACUUGUCUCGGGAAUUUUAGUCUUUUCCUUUCUGGAAUUGGGUUUUUUUUUCUUUGGGGAUUUUAGAUGCGAUCUUACGGUCAUCUUCCACCUUGGAUCUCUGCCCUUUUUGGCUGCGUGGGAGGUUGUUUUGGAUGCUUCGAGCUAUCUAAGGGUGUAUUGAUUCAAGACUGGAAAGGGAGGAGCUUUUCUGAAGAUUUCUGGAGUAGCACAUGUGAAAUCGAACAUGGAGCACUCAGGUCCCAAAGAAGCAUUCCGUCAAUCAGCGUUCCGAGUCAUUCCCUUGACCUUUCUGGAAGCACUAGCCAUCCUUCUGAGUUUGUAAAUCAUGGCCUUCAUCUCUGGAACCAAACAAGGCAACAAUGGCUUGGAAAGAAAAAGUGUGAGAAGAGUGUACAACGUCGAAAAUCCACGUUAAGUUGCAGUUGCAAUUGGAAUGUACUCUAUCAUAGUUUACGUGGGAAUAAUAAGCCAUUCUCUCAUCCAGUUCCCCUGUCUGAAUUGGUGGAUUUCCUAGACGAGGUUUGGGAGCAAGAGGGCUUGUAUGACUGAGCAGGAUGAUGCUAAAUUAAAGCUAGAAAACACGGGAAAAUGUCGAGAUUGUCGAUUGCACCAUCCUCUUCUCCGUUGGACCCUUCUUCUGUAUAUCAAUGUAUUGUAGUUUACAAAUCCUUUGGAUUGAAAAUGCAAGUAUGCAACACUAAUUAUCCAAAAUGAAAAGAAAUGCAAUAUUUCAGUUUUUU